AUGGCGGCGGGUCCAGGUAGCGCUGAAAUUUCAAAUGUACCUGCAUAUGAAGAAGAACAUUUUGUGACUGCAUUCACAGACCAUGGUAUUGCUGGAGUUCAGAAGUAUGUCUCAGAAAGACUUGAUGCAUGGCGACAUAUCCCACUGGAUAUUGCAGUAACCGGGAAAACAGGAGCUGGAAAAUCUACUUAUAUCAAUGCUAUUCGCCAACUAAAAGUUGGACAGGAAGGAGCCGCGUACACAGACGUGAAGGAAGCCACGAAAGAAAUCCGAUCCUAUAAACACCCUUCAAAUAAAAAUAUUGUAUUUUGGGAUUUACCUGGAGUUGGUACUGAUAAUUUUAAACGAGAAAAUUAUCUAGAUCAAGUUAAUCUUAAAAAGUAUGAUUUUUUCAUCAUACUUUCUUCGGAGCGGUUUUCUGAAGAUGAUGGUUGGUUGGCUACAGAAAUCAAACAGAUGGGGAAGAGGUUUUACUUUGUCCGCACGAAAGUGCAGAUAGAUAUUGUUAAUGAACCACUAAGCAGGGAAACUCCACGCCAAAGGGAAGAAAUAUUAGACACGAUUAGAAACGACUGUAAGGAAAACCUUAAAAAGCACGAGCUGUCUGACAGUGAUGUUUAUUUGAUUGAUAAUUUCAUACCAGAUGACUUUGAUUUCGAUAACCUACAAGCAAAGAUUAUCAAGGACGCACCACAGCUAAAAAGAGAAGCCAUUGCAUUCUCACUCUCUGGUCGCACAGAUGAAAUUAUCCUUCAGAAAAAGAUUGAACUCGAAAAGAGAAUCCCAAUCAUUGCAUUUGCAUCUGCUGUAGCUGGUGCCGUUCCUCUACCUGGUUUGGGUACAUCUGUCGACGUUGGUUUGUUGGGUCAAGAAACACGUUUGUAUAAGAAGCAGUUCGGUUUAACCGAUGAGGCGAUAAAAAAGAGUGCACAAAUAUUAGGUAUGCGUGAAGAAGAACUGAAGCAGAAGCUCGAUCUGAAAACAUUUCUGUUAAAUUGCACAACGAAAGGAAUGAUAGUUUUGUUAAGGGAGAUAGCGAUUGAAGAAGCGGCUGCUGAAGCCGUAAAAUUCGUUAUUCCAAUUAUAGGCAGCGCAGUUUCAGGGGUAUUAUCAUACAAGACAACUUCAUAUUGCCUGCGGAAUAUUCUCGAGGAAAUGUACCAAGAUUCCGUGAAGAUAAACAAGAAGUUCAGCACACACUUAGCUCAGGCCACUGCAGUGUAG